AUGUCGUCACCCAGGUUGGGACUGGCGGUCGCCAGCUUCGCCUCCCGACAAUCGCUCUCCUCACCCCUAGCGACAUGCGUCUAUUGCCAAUGGCGUCGCGGCUUUACGGCGUCUGCGCUGCAGGCGCGAACAGAACCUCCCGCGUCCGGAACGUCCAUGGACCCCAAAAGCCAUAUUCCAGGAACUCCCAUCGAAGCGCCGAGAAGCUACGGCAAGCGAGUGGACGAGAACUUCACUCCAAAGCCUCUCCCUCGACCGAUCGGCAUGCCGCUGCCUCCACGGCCCGGCGAGAACACGGGCAUCGACACUCGGUCCUUGAAACAACGAAAGGAGGACUUUGGAGACUAUGAGAAACACAUUGCGAGGCGGAAGGAACUAACGGCCAAGAUAUCGAGGCCGUACUUUCGCGACUGGGGCAAUCUCCAAUUCCACAAAGGCAAAUCCUUUAUUGCGCCACCCCGACUGUUCAAGGCCGAACUGUCUCUCUUCUUUCCCAACCUAUACGGAGAAACGCUCGUCAAGACCGACAAGACACCCCGCGACACCACCCCCCUGCUGACGGGGAAGGCAUCCGUCGUUUCCAUCUACAGCAGCCAGUGGGCGGAGCAGCAGGCCGCUACGUUUGUGUCCAAGGAGUCAAACCCGGCUCUGCACGACGUCCUCGACAAGAAUGGCGAUUUGGCACAAAUGAUCAACAUCAACUACGAAGACAACAAGGGCAAAGCCUGGCUGGUCAAGCUGUUCCGUGGCUCUCUGAGGAAGAGAUUUGCAGAGAAGGAUUGGGACAAGUACUUCCUUGUCCAGCGAGGCAUCACGGAUGACAUUAGAGAGUCGAUUGGCCUGCUGAACAGCAAAGUCGGCUACACCUACCUUGUCGACCACCACUGUCGCAUUCGCUGGGCGGGAAGCGGCCUUAGCCAUCCCGAGGAGAAUGCAAGUCUGGCAAAAGGUCUCGCUCGAUUGGUCGAGGAAAUCAAGAGGGAUGCAGCUCGACCCGCCGCAGCCAGGGAACCACUGCCCGGAAAACCUCAUAUUGAAAAACAGAGCGCAUAG